CCAGCAGUCCAUACAUAACGCGACAUGUGAGGAAGUAAACAAAACGCAGACACAAUGUCAUAGGCUUCGAUUGAAGGGACCUAGAAGUUUGUUUGACAGAUGAUACAGUGAAGUACACCAGACCUUAUCGAUUCACCAACAAAGGAAGAAAGUCCAGUGGCAGAACAAGCCUACAGACCUGGUCAAAGGUUCUCCCAACUUAGUAUCAGUUUUCCUGGGGAAUGGAGGCCCUGACUGACUUCCUGAAGCUUUUCCCACUGCAAGCCAGUAAUGGAACAGCCAUCUCAAUUGCUUUGUUUAUGGUCUUCGCAGCUCUUCUAUACUGGUACUCUGUUUUUCCCUAUUCCCAACUGGAGCGUGCAGGCAUCAGGCACCCCAAACCCUCCCCGUUCUUUGGCAACAUGUUCCUCUUCCGCAAGGGUUUUUGGGACGGACAUAAAGAACUGAUAAACAAGUAUGGUAGAGUUUGUGGUUAUUAUUUAGGUCGGCGACCUGUCAUCUUGGUUGCUGAGCCUGACAUGAUCAAACAGAUUCUGGUGAAGGAUUUCAGUAACUUUACGAACAGAAUGCAUUUGAGACUUGGUACCAAGCCAAUAUCCGAAAGCGUUCUACUCCUACGGGAUGAGAGAUGGAAGCAUGUCCGAAGUAUUCUGACUCCGACGUUCAGCGCAGCAAAGAUGAAAGAGAUGGUCCCCCUGAUAAACACAGCAGCUGACACUCUGGUGGAAAACUUGGAAGUUUAUGCUGACUCCGGUCAGAGCUUUGAUAUUCAUCAGUGUCUGGGCUGCUUCACUAUGGACGUCAUCGCUAGUGUAGCUUUUGGAACCCAAGUGGACUCACAGAAGAACCCAGAAAACCCCUUUGUGAAACAUGCAAAAAUAUUCUUUUCUUUCACAUUAUUCCGGCCUUUGUUGUUGGUGUUUAUUGCGUUCCCAUUUCUUAUUGAUCCUCUUGUGCGGAUUGUACCCAACAAACGGCGGGACCAGUUAAAUAAUUUCUUCAUUGGCUUUAUCAAAAACAUGAUCAAACAGAGGGAAGAGCAACCCCCCAAUGAGAGACGACAUGAUUUCCUCCAGCUGAUGCUCGAUGUCAGGAGCACGAACGAGUACGUUGGGGUGGAGAAUUUCGAUGUUGUGAACCAUGCUGAUGAGGGAGGCUCAUCCAAUGCGACGCCAAAGAAAACUCAGAAGAGGAUGCUGACUGAAGACGAAAUCAUGGGCCAGGCUUUUAUCUUCCUGCUUGCCGGCUACGAGACCACCAGCAGCACCCUCGCAUUUGCUGCUUACUUGCUAGCUAUUCAUCAAGAAUGCCAGGAGAAGUUGCAGAGGGAGGUGGAUGAGUUUUAUGCCAGACACGAUGCACCAGAUUACAACAAUGUGCAGGAGCUGCAGUAUUUAGACAUGGUUAUCUCUGAGACCUUACGGAUGUACCCACCUGGAUUUAGGUUCGCCCGUGAUGCUGCCAAGGACUGGAACGUAAAAGGUCACUUCAUUCCAGCUGGCGCUACAAUUGAGAUACCUGCCGGUUAUAUCCACUAUGAUCCUGAAUACUGGCCAGAGCCAGAGAAAUUCAUCCCAGAGAGGUUUACAACUGAAGCAAAAUCCCAAAGGCAUCCUUUCACAUACCUUCCAUUCGGAGCCGGACCCCGAAGCUGCAUUGCAAUGAGGCUAGCUUUACUGGAGGCAAAGAUAGCCAUGAUUCGGGCUGUCCAGAAAUUCACCUUUCAAACGUGCCCAGAGACUAAGAUUCCUCUCGAGCUGAAAUCCAAUUCAACCCUUGGGCCGAAAAACGGCAUCAUCAUCAAAAUAGCACAACGCACUUGACAGCUGAGCUGAAGGCCCCCAUGAAAUGAAGCCGUCUCGAAUCUGUUUCUGUAUUAAUGAUUUAAUCUCCCUGCGCGAGACCCUGUUAUUUAAAGAACAGCAGGCAAUACGCGGGUGAAAGGGACCUAUUUUAUAGUGGCCUUCUAUUAAGAAUGUUACAAUAUGUAUACAUAAUAAAUGACAAUAGGUACACUUUAGUGGUGUUAUGUUAUGUGCAUUGCGUUAAAGGACUGGUGUGCAUCAGUAUAAGGAGUAUGUGAGUCUAGUGUACAGUAGACCUUUGCUAAUUAAGUGUACAGUAACUCUUGCUAAUCAGAAGUAGUUGGAACCGGAUCGUGUUCAGAGUUGUGAUUGGUUUGGAGUGAUUUUUUAAUUGUAAUUUGUAUGAUACUAAAAUGCCUUGUUUAGUUUGUGUUUUAUGUUUUUCAUACUUAUAUUUGAUCAGUAUAGUUAUUGGAAUAAAAUCUAAAGAUAUAAAUGUUUUAAAUACUUAUAGAAUUCUGAAAUGGUUCAGUUUCUACUGCUGCUAUCAAAGUGGUUCAUAUUAAUGGUCAACUCAGAUUACCAGGCUUCAGAUUGACGAGAGUCUACGGGCAUUAUGCACAUUUUUUGUUUAAAAAAAGUUCUCCUGUGAUAAGCAAGCCAGACAUCCUGGAUAUCUUAAUGUAGCCGGCAACUUUGGAGUAAGGAUGACUAAAACAGAUGUUAUCAAGUACCUGUAAAUAUUGUAACAGGAAUUUUAAGGCUUCACUGUUGGAGCAAGGACUUAAAAGUAUGUAGUUCACUAGGUACUUGCACUUUUACAUUGUUUCAGGUCCAUUAUAAUCCAGCAACGAUCAGAGUCGUCCACUAUAAGUGAAAACCAAAUACAGAUUUUUUUUUUUUUUUUAAACUUAUAACACAUUGAAUAAUACUUGAAAUGGUUAGGAAACACUGAUACCAAUAUAUACAGUAAGAAUGAUCUGUGUGUGUUACAUCUGUAACUGAUUUGUUGAGGUAUGGUGUUUGUGGAUUAACAUUAAUAAUAAUAAUAAUAAUAAUAAUAAUAAUAAUAAUAAUGAAAAAAAAACAUUAACAAGCUGCCAUUCAUUUAGUUGCCUCUAUGCAUUUACCUUUAUGUGAAUUACAGUAAAUAAUAAUUUUGCAUUAGAAAUAGUAUACUAUAUAAUUAAAAUGAAACAUCACAUUAGAAUAGAAAAAAAAGUUUAUUUGUUAAAAAGGCAUUUUUAUUACAAAAAUUGUACACCAAUACAUAUUUUAAAAUGCAUACGAUAUUCUUCAUAAACAGCACCCUAAUUAAUAACAGAAGUGAAUUGUAGAACAAAACUCGACUGUUGUGUAAUAAAGCAAUUUUAGCAAUGCA